AUGUCUGAAGAAACAAUUAUGAAUGAUCCGAAAAUUAAAAUUGAGCCACUAGAACUUUCAGUAGAAGACAUAAAACUUGAAAAUGAAUGUAAUGGAAAUCUUGAAGGUAUUGUUAAGUCUGAAUCAUGUUUAGAAGAUGAUGAAACUUGUCUGGAAAGAUUUAUGAAUUCCGAAGUAACUAUUGAAGAAGAAGUCAAACAGGAGGUAAUUGAGACACCCGGUUGUGAAUAUGACAUUAGUAAUGGAUCAUUUUCAGAAUCUAAUUAUUUGAACGAGCACAUGGUUGAUGAUGAUCAGAAAAUUAAAAUUGAGCCACUAGAACUUUCAAUGGAAGACAUAAAACUUGAUAGUGAAUGUGAUUUUGAAGGUAUUGUUAAGUCUGAAUCAUGUUUAGAAGAUAAUGAAACUUGUCUGGAAAGAUUUAUGAAUUCUGAAAUAACUAUUGAAGAAGAAAUCAAACAAGAGGUAAUUGAGACACCCAGUUGUGAAUAUGACAUUAGUAAUAGAUCAUUUACAGAAUCUAAUUAUUUGAAAGAGCACAUGGUUGACCAAAUACCUAGAAAUGGCAAAAAUGGCAACCAUAAAUGCAAUGUAUGCGAUAAGACAUUUAAAUAUUCAUCAAAAUUGCAACAGCACAUGAUUACUCAUAGCACAGAACGCACUAUCGAAUGCAAAAUCUGUCAUAAGAAGUUGAAAGAUAAAAGCACUUUGAAAAGACAUAUGCUUAUUCAUACAGAAAACACCCUUUCAAAUGCAAAAUAUGCAAUAAGACAUUCACACGAAAAGAUAAUAUGA